AUGGAGAUACAUCUACUAGGUCGUCAUGUUUCGUCCGGCGUUUGGCACCGUGGGGAGGAUCCUAUCGCGCCGGUUCUGCAGCCAAGCAUCGUCCGGGUCGACGUCGUGGAGUGUCAGAGGAAGGUUGGGGAUGCUGCAGCUAUUGCUGCUGGCCGUCGCUCAUGGCUCUCUCGCGGGAUCGUAAUUACAUCAGCAUGGUGCGUUGGUUUCGGACUUUGGAAUGUGAACAUGGUUGAAGAGCAUGAAGAAAGGUCUACCCGCCCAUCAGAGGUUGACUGGGUGAAAGCAGGUGAUGUCUCUCCCGUUGUGAGGAAACAAAACGGUUGUAGCUGCUGCUGGGCCAUGGCUGUUGCAGCCUCGGUUGAAGCAGUACACUAUAUAAAGACCUUGAGGAAGAUCUCCCUCUCGGUUCAAGAGCUCAUUGACUGCAACACAUCAAACUUUGGCUGCAAGGGUGGUUACGGUGUUCUUGCUCUUUGGUAUAUAUUGAGAAAUGGGCUCUCCAGCGAAUCCUCCUACCCGUACAUGGCUCGGAGAAGUAUCGCGGGUUGCAAGGGGAACAAAACAGUAGCAGCAAGGAUAUCAGGCUUUCGUUUUGUCGACCGGACCGAGGAUGCUCUCGAGAGAGCAGUAGCGAAGCAACCUGUGCUUGUCCGUUUACAGUGCUCGAAUGAUCUGCGGAAUUACAAAGGAGGCAUCAUGGAGUAUGGAUCCAUUCCUAUAAUGACUAGGGUGCAUUUGGUCUUGUUUGUCGGUUAUGGCACGGAUCCCGAUGGCAUUAAGUAUUGGCGCUUCAAGAACUCAUGGGGAAAGGGUUGGGGCGAGGAUGGGUUUGGGAGGAUUCGCAGGCAUGUCGCUGACAAGCGAGGUGUCUUGGAUACCGUGCUGAUCCUGCUCGUUGGGAGGUACAUGAGGAAACGUGUGGUGUUCCUCAAACAGCUCAUGUCUGGCCUGUUCCUGAUCUCUGCUAAGUUCUACGUGAGCUAA